AUGGCUGAUCAACCAAGAACUGCAGGUCCUUACUAUGGUUCCUCCCACGGAACCUCCUACGGACCGCCGUAUGGAAGCACCUAUGAGUCCAACACCAGCUUUAACAGCCCUACUUCACGCCAAACCGUCAAGUUCAUAACUGCUGCCACUAUAGGCAUCUCACUCUUGCUACUGUCUGGGUUGAUCUUCACAGGUACUGUCAUAGGCUUAAUCAUCGCAACCCCUCUACUGGUGAUCUUCAGUCCCAUCCUCGUCCCAGCUGCGUUUGUGCUGUUCCUAGUUGCUUCUGGCUUUUUGUUCUCUGGCGGCUGCGGUGUGGCUGCCAUUGCUGUUUUGUCUUGGAUUUACAACUACGUGUCUGGGAAGCAUCCUGCAGGUUCUGACACCCUUGACUAUGCAAAAGGGUACCUAGCUGACAAGACGAGGGAUGUGAAGGAAAGGGCAAAGGAUUAUGGAAGCUAUGCUCAGGGUAGAAUUCACGAAGCCACACAGGGAGCUUAUUAG